UUGCGAAUUACUACACCCUCUCAGUAUGCCUCCGCGAAGCGUUCGUGUUAGUCGACACCGGAUCGCGAAACUGACUGGAUCGUUCAAGUGCGCAACCGAGUCUUAGUUGUAGGAUCAUUAUCACAAAUCCGCGAACGGAUACGACGACACAAAGAGCAGCAACAGCAGCAGCAGAUCGGGAUUGCUCAUCGCUGGAACUAAUUUGAAGCAGUUCCUGGAAAGUGCCUUAUAAAAUAUUUACGGUGCAAUCCAUAGUACAACAAACAGAUAAGUGCUAUCUACCAGCUCGCAUCAGGGCCGUUCUAGAGCUAUGGAGUGAGCGAGCAAAUAUACGUGCCAACAGCACGCCAGAGAUUCCGAAACUUAUUACAAUACUACAGUAAUGGCUAAAGCUAGAAAUCAACAAAACACGCCUUCCACAAUUGCCUCCGACGCAGCCCCUUCUUCGUCCACUACUAGCGCUCAAACGAGGUCAGACAACUAUGCCUGUUCUAGCAAUAGUGGCGAAGCGCAGCCGAGCCAAAGUACACCGAUAGAUAAGGCAGACACUACUAGCAGCCAUAACAUAUCUAUAUCCUCAAUCACCGAAGAUGAGAACAACGACUCAAGUGCUUUUGAGACCAGUGAUAGCGAGUGUGACGAUGAGCAGAUUAAGAAGGCAAUCGAACGCAUUCCAAACUCUCUUCAACCUGGCAGUCAGUUAGUACAGAACGGAAUGUUAGUCGUCAAGGAGGACAACAGUAACUCUCCAGAGACCACUCGGGGGCCAAAUAUUGGUAGCAUAGCAGUACAAAACUCGUCGGACAUAACGUUUGGCAACAAAACCUACAUCAAAGGACAGGUUGUGAUAAAGAACAUCUACCACGAUAAACAGAAUGGUGCUACCAACAAGGGAUACCACGAAACCGACGGCGAAUUGGGUAACCCUAAGAAGGAUAUAAAUACUUCGAAUGAGCCCAACAAACAAAAAUCGUGGCAAUCUAGUCUAAAAGUUAUAAUCAGGGAUAAGCCUAUGCUAAGCGUAAUAUUUCUCAUAGCUGUUAUGGUCAUCAUUGUAACAAUAGUCAUCGUAGCAUUCGUCGCAACAUCAGGUAAACCUAUAUAUAAACGAAAAUACAGCGACGGUGACGAUGAUCGUGCGAACGUCCCUCCGGAUACUGGAAUAGAUGAUGACUUCCUCCCAGAUGCCAAGCCACUGCGAAUGGUGACACGAAAUGAAUGGUUAGCACAACCUCCAAAAGAAACUCUUGACAAACUGAAUUUGCCAGUUAAUCGUGUGAUAAUUGCCCACACUGCAACUGAAAACUGCUACACACAGGCACAAUGUACUUUCAUGACGCAAAACAUUCAGCAGUUCCACAUGGCAAAUGACUCAAAAAAUUAUUCCGACAUUGGAUACAAUUUUCUGAUCGGAGGCGAUGGAAACGCAUACGUAGGACGUGAUUGGGACAAGCAAGGCGCACACACUAAAGGAUUCAAUGUCGACAGUAUUGGCAUAGCGUUCAUUGGCACAUUUACCGAUGUUGAACCACCCGUGGCACAACUGAGCGCUGCCCAGCAGUUGAUUGCGAUCGGAUUGGAGGAAAAUAAGCUGUCCAAAACCUACCGAUUGUACGGCCACAGACAGCUGGCACCGUUCGAAAGCCCUGGGCGGAUGCUGUUCAAAAUCAUACAAAAGUGGCCCCACUGGUCCAGUGAUUUGGGGCCCAACCAUUGGCAGGAAUGAUUACCACUAAGCACUAAGAAAACCAAAAAAGGCUAACCAUGCUGACAUCAAACGUUGGUGUUUGAAAAUUUAUGUCGAAUAGCGAGCUCAAAUAUUAGAUAAUGUUGCAUUUUUGUAAAGAAGUGUAAUUUGGCGCAAAGUACUGUGAUUCUGAUCGAAUAAAAUGUAUUUAUUUUUAACAGCAGUAAAUAAUAAGAUCCAAACUUUUCACUGAAA